CUGUGAAAAAUUAGACAGCGAACAAGGCUCAUAGACAAGAUAGAAUAUUGUAUUAAAAUAUUAAAACCUGACAGUAAAAAAUAAAAAUUUUAGUAUGGGCCGAAACAAAUUUAUGUGAAACAUAUUUUUUAAGAUAUUUACACUUAUUAUCUUUAUCAAUUGCUUUAAGAAAGCAAAUGUUAAAAAUGGUAGAAAGGCCAAAUAUUACAAAACAUUAGAUAAUGGAUGACUCCGCAUCCAAAGGAAGUAAUAUCGAAGUUGAUAAAUUGUUUGGUCUUUAUUUAAAAAUUGAAAGUCUUAAAUUACCCCCAUCUUCUCUAAAACAGAAGAAAUCAGUGAUUAAAUAUACUCGUUUACCGGAAUACGAACUAAGUGACAAAGCAUCAUGGUCUCCCACAUGCACGUUGGAACCUAGGUUUCGACGUAUCAUCACAAUUGAGGAACCGAGAAUCGAGGAUCAAAGAUCGUUAAGAUCUGAAGUUGUGGUGGUACCAAAGAAAAUGGCAUCUGAUAUUUGUAAACGAAAAAUAUUAAGAAUAGAAGAUGAUGAGCACAGUCUUCACCCAAAAUUUUCUAAUGAUAAUAAAAAAACCUAUACAAAUUUUAUAAACAGAGCUAUCGAAACAGAUAUAAAAGAAGAAAAGCAGAUUUCACAGAGAAAAGUAUCAAGAUUAUCACCUACCGCUAAAAGUGCUAAAGACAACAAAGCCAGUGUAAUUAAAAAAACCACAGCAGACUUAAAAGUAGGAAACAGAUAUAAGUACUUAAAAGGAGAUAAUGAAUUACAUGAUUAUGUUUCGAAUAAAAGUAAUAAUGAACCGACAAGGGGUAGUAAAAACACAAGUAUAACACCUAAAUUAAGCUUAAGUAAAAAGGUAGUAACUUCAAUUGAAUGUGAAAAAGAGAUCACAGUUACGAAAACUAAAUAUAAGGAUGAAAGUAUAAAUACAAACCCACCAAAAAAAUCGACUUCCGAAAAAAUAGAUCAAAAAAGUAGACCAAGUAGAUCUUGGAACAAAUCAAACAAUAAUAAAAUUACAUUUAUAAAUAAUAAAAAGGGGAAAAAUAAAACAAUCACAAUAAUUAAAGUACCGCUAAAUGAAAAUAUGGUAAGACAUGAUGUAGGGAACGAUGUUUCGCAAAGUGUACUAAAUAAUACUGAAAAUUCACAAAGCAAUGUACAUUCAAAUGUUCAAGCAUCGAGUAAUACUGAAUUCAAAGAUGUGGGUAUUGAAACCGAUAUGUUAUCGAAUAAAAUAGACCAAGUUACUGAAACGGAUGAAGAUUUACUAAAUCACUGUAUUGUUGUGAAAGAAACAUUUGAUAGUCUUGACGUACCAAAUGUUAGCUUAACUAACCCUAAAAGCGAAACACCCAAAGAUGAAAUAUACGACAUUAUUAACAAAAAGGAAACUGAUUUAAACUGUGAAAAUAGUAUUUUACACAAAACUGAGCAGAAAAUCAUAGAUUCAUACUUCCAUAAAAGUGCAUCAUAUAUAAUUGGUAGAGCAACCUUAACAUAUACAACGAAACAGAAAAUUGAUUUUCAUGUUGUUGGAAAUAAGGAUAUAUUGCAAUCACAUCUACCUUCUAGUCACUUCCCUUUGAAUGUGGUGUCAGUAUUUAAUAAAGAAAUGAAAACUAAAAGUGGCGACAGUUGUGAUGACAGAGACGAGAAUAAAUCACACGACGGAGUAGAGUAUUUAAACGAUCUGACCUCAGUUGAUACUUCGUACAUCUUUGACAACGAUAAAUUAGUGAAGCCGUCAGACAUAAUUAGCACAAUAAAAGUUAAUGACACUUUGUUACAAAGUGAUUAUAUCAGUGAACAGUUCCAGCGUGAGCUUAAUUUCAUUGACUCAUUUUUCGAGUCUUUACAAUAUUUGGAGAGUUGUUCUCUCACCGAUAAAUGUAUGACUGAUAAAAAAGUUGAAAGUUGGAUCAACAACAGUGAAAAUGAAUUGAAACAGUUCGAAGACGAAUCAUUUUUAACGAAAUUUGAAAAUGACGUUGACGAUACUCAAACAAUGGCAUCCAGGAGUCUUUGUUUGCUUAACUUGCUCAUUCGGAAUGAGCAAAGGCGAGCCAAAAAUCUCUUAUUUGUUUUGAAAAUGCGAGAAGAUGCUUUAAAGAACUUUACAAAGUCACAAAUCCUAUGGUUGGAAAAUAAAAAAGGACAAGAAAAUAUCGAUAUAUCAACCUUAAAAAAGAAACAACGUGGUGCUUUACUCAAACUGCAACAUGAAUGUGGUGAAAUGCAACGUAUGCGAAAGGCUUUACUGACGUUAUCAGAAAAACGCAAAUUAGCAUUUAUGAAAACUAAAAAGAAUAUUGAGCUUAAGUUAAGAAAUAGCGCAGAUGUGGAGCAAAUUAUUUUAGGUAAGAAGAAGUUAAAACGAAGUACAUCGGCCGAUCGUAGCUCAGCUCCGCUAAAAUGCUUCGAACUCUCCAGUAGUGGAUGUGACGACAGUGCCACUUCUCGGACAAAGUCUUACACUCCAGUUUUAUUGCCAGCUACAUCAAAAAAUGUCACAAGUGCUGAAAAAUUUGUACAAACAGCAGAAAAUGUACCAACCAUUUUACAAGUAGACCGAUCAGUCGAAACAGCCGAAGAAAAUAUUAUUGUAGUUGAUGGCGGCUACCUUAACAUACUUUUCCGCAAUUUUUUACCUCAAAUAUUCAGUAGUGGAAAACAGUACGAGGUCAACAAGGAAGCAUUAAAUACUAUGGUACAUACUAGUCAUACACCCGAAUUUAAUUUAAAUUGUGACAAUAUAAUUGGUAAAAUUAUGGAGCAAAUAAAACAUCACGAAUCGGAUAGACCGCAUACCCCAUCGACAGCUCGAAGUCUUGUCGAAGAAUUUGAUCAGAUUUACAAGGAUCUCAGAGACGAGGACAUAUCGCUCGAUAACUGUAUGGACUGCAGUUCUAACAGUUUUAUCGAUGAGAAUAAAGAGGCUGUUGUUCAUAGAAAUGUAUCGAGAGAGAGUGAAUGUGAUUUAGGGACAGCAAAGACUGAUGAAGUUGAAUUAGAUGAUAAAAUUUCUUUGAUAGACGAGAGUUGUACUUGUGAGCCAGUUAUGUUGUCUGUAGAGAUACAGUCGCAAAUAGGUAAUGAAGUGACGCUGAGUGUGUCCGGUCCCUUGCCAGUACCCGCAGGUGAGGCAGCGAUCAGCGACGACGUUCCACCGGAACUGGCUAAUUGGGUCACUGAAAAGUCAUCCACAACGGCAACUAUUGGCGAGUCCAGUUCGAGCAACCAGUCUUUGUACCAAAACCCACCAAUUACUUCACCCGUUCUACACGAAGCCGAAGAAUUACGUCGUCAGCAGUUAGCUAUUGAGAGAGAGAUCAAAGCAUUAGAAGAACAACAAUGUCAACUUCUAGCAGUACGUGAGAUACCUGACAAACCCCCUCCUCCGUACACACCGCCGGCCGAACCUCGAACACCAAAACAGCCACGAAAAUACGUUUACGAUACAAUCACUGAACAAAAAGUAUGCGAAUAUAUUUCUAGUUCUAAGAGCUCAAUAUUCGAUUCGGAUCCAUACGACAUAUUCUUAAAAGACUUUUGUCAAGAAUCAAUACAGCAACAGAAAUUGCAAAUAAGUGAGAAGUAUUGGGACACUUGUAAUAUUUUAUCGCCACAGCCUAGUAAUGAAAAAUUAGCUAAAAAGACUGCUCAAGAUCUUAAAGAAGUUUUAACAAGUGUGGCACCAACAGUUGUAUCAGGAGUGGGAGCAAGGCGUUCCGACCAUAUCGAUGAUAUAUUAUUCGCGGAAUGGCGGCGAUGCGAACCCGAAUGGACAUCCUUACACGCAGAUGAAGUCAUUGUAAAGAACCAAGUAUUCGAAAGCAUCUUUCAAAGAAUUCUCACGGAAACUAUAGAUGAAUAUAAGAAAAACGUUUUACCCGCCAAUAAGGCGCCCAAAUAAGUGUUGUUGAGUAUUAUUUAUACGGUUUUAUCCAAAAAAUAAGAAUUGUGUACCAAUC